ACAGGUUCAAAAGCUUGCUAGGUCGCCGCCGCGCUGUACACAUGAUGGGGGCCCUUCUACCGGUAUGCUGGUUGGCUGUCCUCGCAGUAAUUGUAGUAGCAAGACCUAACACCCAGACCCAGACCCAUGAACGAGACAGCAGAGCUCAAACUGUCCUCGAUGGAAGCAACCCGGAGGAGAAGGCCCGAAGCAUUCCUGUAUCACCGAGUGAAGAAUUCAAAGGGGGCAUAGUCCCUGUGGCCUUACUGUAUGAUGGGAGUGAAGAUGUGAGCAGACCACUUAGAGAGACGAAAGAAGUGGGAGGAAAAGUCAACGAUGAAACGGAGCAUAAAAGUCAAGAACAAGACGGAAAGCCUGUAGAAGAAGAGCAUAAGAAUUUGAAUGCAUCAAAACAUCAAGAAGUCCGCGGAAUAAAUAAAAAUUCCAAACUUCUGGACAUUGAAGCAAGAGAAACAGACGAAAAUUCAAAAUAUGGCUUAAAUAUCCAAAGUAGGAAUAAAGUGCCAUCAGAGGAGCAAGAAGAUCUAGACAAACCGUUUGUCUACAACAUUCAACCGUUGUCGUUCUACUCUUCGCAAACUAAAGAAGAAGAAAAUAUUCUAAAUUAUAUUAACAAAAUUAAAGAAAUGAAGGAAAAUAAAUUACAGAUUGAAGCGGCGCAAAAGCCCCAGGAAAGUAAUGUUCACGAGAAAACAGAAGAUGCAGUGGUUACUGAAACUGAAGCUGAUGCAUCUGAUGAAGAAAACAGACCGAUAACUAGAAGGAUACAACACUACGAGACUGUCAUAAAACCCAUGAUCCCUGAUCCUCAACAAUACCAGCAGUUUCAGCAAUACCAAGCGUUUCAACAAUACCCUGGAAUUCCACAGGGAUAUCCAGUCUACCCAGCUUCAACGAUGGGCCUGUAUCCUCAGCAAAACCAACAACCAUAUCCAGCUUUCUAUCAAACCCCACAAAGUUCCCAGUCCGUAGUAUACCUUCCAAACCCCUUUGUUUCAAAAAACUCUAAAAAGCAAACCACAAAAUCUGGCAACGAUAGACUCUUCGACGAUUACUUUCCCAUCCUCAUCAACAAUCCUUUCAAUGAAAUUUGGGCUGGGAUCACCAACAUUGUCGAAUACGGGCCUUCAGCGGAUGUUUGCAAGAAGAGCAAAAAAUCAAGAGAUGUUGAUGAUGACGAUGACGUGACUGAAAUAGAUUUCUCAACAAGAAAAAUUGGAAGCUCACCAGGAAGUUCUAGUACUUCAGAAACAUCAUCUCCGUCACCCAAAGACACAUUUUUUCCAAGGUUUGCCAAAUUGAAAGUGCGAAAAGGAGGAGUCGCCAUUGCGGGUCCAGGAGGAAUCGCGACAGCUGGAUCUGGGGGAACAGCAAUUGUGGGUCCAGGUGGAACAGCGUACACUACUGGGAUCCUGAUCGCCGCUCUCACGGUGGUAGCGUCCGCCACCCCCUACUACUACCCCCAGCAGCGACAGCUGUUCUACCCUGUACCACAGUACUCGCAGUACCCACAGUACUACCAACGACAGGUGUACUACGCUCCACACUCUGCAGCUAACCUUGUUUCGCCAGUCCCAGCAGUACGGUACCCUGUGGGGGCGCCCCCAGCCAAGUCCGUGGUCUACUACGGAGCGCCCGCCUUGGCUCCCUACCCCAGCAACCUGGUGUACGGCGCUGACGAGGGUGCAGAGGAGGGAAGCUACUUUGGAACCUUCUUGGAGAACUUCACAUCUCACUUACCAGCAAUCUGGCCCGGCUUUGGCAACGAGGCGGAAAGUGGUAGUGCUGCCGAGGGAGGUUCAAGUCCUGCUGCAAGUCCUGAGAAGAUCGAACAAGCGUCCAACAGCGAGAAACCUGCCAAGGAGGGUGAGGAGAAGGAGAAGGAAAACGAAGCCGAAAAACCCCAAGAUCCUUCAAAGGUGCAAAAGGUAAAAGGAGCGGUAAAGGGAGUCCCCCAGAAGUACGUAGUGUUGGGUCAGCCUCAGUUCUUCGGCAACUUCGGACUCCAGAGAGUCAACCCAGCUGCAGUUCUGCCAACCGCUAACCAGGGUGCAGUCUCCAGCUACCUGCUGAGGAACUACCCAGGACCUCAGUACAGGCUUGGCCCUCAGUUCCCGGUUUACCCCCAGCCCCCUCAAUUUGCUCAAGCACCAGUUAUCCCUCAAGGACCCCAGACUGCUCAGGCACCUCAGGUACCUCAGGCCGCUGACAACCCCGAAGCCGAACUGAUCCCUGCAGGACAGCCAGGCGCUGCCGCCCUUGGUUACCAGAAGCUUCUGAAGGAGGCGGCGGCGGAGGCGGCGAGGCAGAGCAAGGAGUACGACGACGCUUCAGUCUCCGUGGAGGCGGCAUCUCAGGACUCCCAGGACGACAAACCGGAGGCGAAUUCUGACGACUCGGAGGAUAAGAACGAAGAGGAGACCGGUACUAGCGAUUAGGCCCAUGUACAUACCCGACUGUUAGAUUCCUGUGCCAACUCUCAAUAAACUUAGUCUUUUACAAUA